AUGUCUAUAAUAUACGACAGCAUAUUUCUACCGAUGGUCACCUAUACCUGCGGCACCUGGGAGUGGGCAGCUAGAAAGGUUCACACAAAGAGAAAGCUCAUUUCAUCGCAGAGACGAGCGCUUCUUUUAAUAACUAAAUGUUACCGUACCGUGAGUAAUCGAUGCCUUCAGGCGCUUGCUAGGAAACCUCCCAUAGAUCUCGAGAUUUUUCAGAGGGAAAAGUAUCAGCAGAUUAAGUGGGGCAGCAAUAUUACGGUCUCGAACAAUACCAUCCAACCAGAAGACAUAGAAUGGACAAUCCCAUAUAGCGAGACUCUAUUUCCUAUUGGGCAUACUGCCAACACUGAGGAGAAUACCAAUAACAACUAUAUAGACAUCUACACUGAUGGUUCGAAGAUAAAUAACUCUGUUGGCUGCAGCCUAGUUGUGUAUGAAAAUUCUCUGGAAACAACACAUCUGACUUUCCGCCUUGAUGACAGGUGUACAGUUUUCCAGGCGGAGUUGUAUGCCAUUUGGAAGGCUGUUGAAACCAUUGAUAAAAGUCACAACAACAUCAGUGUUACUAUAAACACAGACUCCUUAUCCGCAUACAAGAUUAUUAAAAGCACAAAAUUGCAUCCACUAGCUGAGAACAUAAGAAAUCAAAUCCGACUGUCAAACUGUAAAUUCCAACUAACAUGGGUCAAAGCCCAUCAAGGGGUGGUUGGCAAUGAGAGAGCUGAUUCUCUUGCCAAGUCUGCCACUACUUUGGACAAGAAACAUAUUGUCUACAAGAAAAUUAGUCGACGUUCGCUGCGCAGUUUGUUAUGGGAGGAAACUUUACAACUCUGGCAGACAACUUGGGACCUAGAUAAAGAUCACAUAACUUAUAAAUUCAUCCCUGAUAUACAACAGCAUCUACGGAAUAAAUGGUACUCACCUAAUUUCUAUGCUAACCAAAUAUUCACCAACCAUGGUAAAUUCGCUAAUUACCUGGCAAGGUUCGUAAAUUACACAUCCGAUGUAUGCAACGCAUGUGAUGUCAGGGAUGGACCAGACCAUUAUCUUUUUAAUUGCAUCGCCUUCGAAAGGGAAAGAUUAGAAUUUAAGAUAUUGUUGGAAACCUACAAGAUCAGUUGGCCAUUCAAUCAUCAUGACAUUUGGAUAAAUAAAGAUAUUUACCAUAAUUUUAUACAGUUCGCUAAGAGGAUUUACACUGUUAAUAAAUCCAGCUUACACAGCUAA